CCCUGGUAGCCAACGUUGAAAUAAACUCCUCUGGCGCUUCCACUUCUCUAUCCCUUCCACCCACAUACCGUUACGAUCGAUCAAAGAUCAUUUCUGUCAAGGCGAGAAAUAGAUCAACCAAUCCAAAUGUCUCAGAAACUCAGGCAUCGAGCAGGAAACAAAAAAAUGAGGACCAAGAGUUUUUUAUCUAUCCUCGUCAUCCUGGCGUCCACCUCUUUCACCAAUGCCCGUCUAACCCCACAAGAACGCCGCCCAGUCAGAUCGAGCCAUCAGUCGUCCGCUGUGUCUGCAUCGCCUUCAGGGAUACACUCUGGAUGCAGAAGGAUUGCUGGGCCGAAUGCGAAUUUGCAAAGUAUACAGAAGCCAUGCAGAUGAUUCCCAAGGUCAUGGAUUAUUCCGGUUGCGAUCAAUGGGUGGAUCUGAAGACGAUUGCAGAGUUGAACAAGCCUGGGUUCCCGAAGCCAGAUCUGGGCCAUAAGUCAGUGGUGCAUGAGUAUGUGGAGGAGGAGAAGUCAUCAAGGAGCUUUGGAGGGGCGUUGAAGCAGAAACUGGAGGAGACGUACGUGUCAAAGGAGGAGAAGGAUUUGGGAGAAAACUGCGAAGGCAAUAAAUAUAGAAAGUCACAUGAAGAUGAGAAUGAGAAGGAGGGCAAAGCGAAGCAGGGGGAUGCUGUAGCCACCAGAAGUAGAGGCGUCAAAGACGACCUUUGAAGGAAGUUGAUUGGCGGCGAUAGGGG